GGCUGUGGCAGGUGGCUCUGCCCCGGGAAGGGGAGGAGGCUGGCAGCGCUCCCAGCCCGGCCAGCAUCCCUCCCUGCCGGCAGCGAUGCUCAGUCCCGGCUCAGCCUGGCAGCAGUGCAGGCAGGGAGGGCACACGAGCUGUGUUCCGACAUUGUCCCCAGCCCUGGGGAGGAGAGAGGAGCGGGCAGCUGCCCCAGAGCCCUGGGAGCUUUAGCCCCGCUGUGGAAGGACUGAAAUUUAGGGAGAAGGCUGCUGGGAACCCAGAGGGUUUAGCCACCUUGCUUUGUGGCAGAGGAGGUGCUUUGAGGAGCAAUUUGGGGUCAUUGCUGGAACACCUCUGCUGUGAGGGUGGCCUCUUCGGAGUCUCCCUGUCCUUCCCUGCAGCCUGAGGAGGACAUGGGUGAGAACAACCGGACGGAGUCUUGGCACCAAAGCCUGCAGGCAGUGCUGAACGCCUUAAACCAGACGCUGCACGGGGCCAUCCCCUGCCCCGGCCAGGCCCCGGCCAGCACGGUGGGGACCAUGCACGGCGGCCAUGCCGGGCGCAACGACAACGCCUACAUGUACAUCCUCUUCGUCAUGACGCUCUUCGCUGCCACCGUGGGCAGCCUCAUCCUGGGCUACACCCGCUCCCGCAAGGUGGACAAGCGCAGCGACCCCUACCACGUCUACAUCAAGAACAGGGUCUCCAUGAUCUGAGCCUGGCCCAUGCCUUGUCCCCGGGGAGCCGCUGGCCUCGGGGUCACUGUGCUGCGCGCAUCCCGCUCACUGUGGGAUGUGACAGUGCUGCUGGCCCCAAAGCUUCUGAGAACCCCCCAAAGCUGCUGGGAACCCCCACCAUGGAGGAGCUCAGUCCUGGUGUGAGCAGUGCUGGGAUGUCCUGGCUGGCAGGAGCUGGGACAUGACCUGCAAGCAGGUCCUGGUCCUGCAGACCCACCUUAGCUCCACUGCGGGUAUGGGGAUGGCAGGGGCAGCUCCUUUCCCACCGUGGCCUGCAGGGGCUGACAGGAGCCUUCAAGGAGAACAUUUCUCCAUCCCCUACUCAGAUCAGCCGGAGUUGACCUCCCUGGGCUCCCAGCAGCUGUGACAGUGGUUCGUGGGUUUUUUCUGGUGCUGAAACCCUGUAAUGUUUGAGCUGGGCUGGGCCCUGCUUUUCUGGCAUGGAAUUAAAGGAGGUGGUGGGUUCCAGGGGACUUGUGUUUGUUUCUGCUCUGAACAGAGUUGGUGUUUGGGGAAAUACACGGGGCACCACUCUGUCCCAGAGCCCAGGGGACACUGAAAGGGCUGAACCUGCUGCCUGUGUGCUGCCAAGGUGGAUUCAAGUCAGCCCUUCAGUGGCAUCACGGCCCCUACGAUGGGAGAGGUCCCCCAGGAUGGAGCGAGCCCCGCGUUCCCAGCUGGACGCUUUGUCCCCGUUGCUGUCCGGGUGGCUCUGCUGGAGCUGUGGGCACGCUGCGAGCAUGGCCUGAGCCUGGCCGGAGGUGUGUGGCUCCAAGCAUCUCCCAAGGUUUCUCAGGGCUCCGGAUGGCGAUGCCGGAGUCUUUCCUGCUUCCUUCCUGCUGUCAGCUGUAGCUUUGGCCUUUUGUACCGCAGGUCCCAAAUGUUUUUUCCAUGGGGUGAGGGCACAGCAGUGGACGGGAAGGGGAUGUUCUUGGGUCCUGCUGGGCUCCUUGGCUUUGGCUCUGCUAUUAAGCUGUCUGGGUUUGGACCUGGCCUGUGGAGUGGCCAGUGUCCAGGACAGUAAAUGCCCCUGUCCUUCAAAACAGGCUGUGGGGCAGCGCCAGUGACCCAGUGUGCUGCACGCCUGGACCUGUUCAUAAUGGCAUAAUGAAUAUCUUUAAUUGCAGAUAGAUUAGCUGGCCCAUAGGGGCCUUUCCGCCUGCAUUCCAAGGUUAAAAACAGUUGCAAUCCCGAGCCCAAACAGUGACGCCAAACCCUAAUCCAAAAAAUAAUAGUGAAUGUGAGCGUGUUUGGGGUAGGGCUGGAAACUUUGGCACCGGAGGCACCAGGACGGCAGCAGCUUAAUGACCAAUUCCUGAUUUGCCAUGUCCUUGGCUUGGGCACAAAACCUGGAGCAGGGGUUCUGGGCAGCCCAUUUUGGGGCUGAUCCCACAGGGAUUCCUGAGCCAGGCAGGGCUUUCUGGGGCGCAGGUGUCCUCCGGCACCUGGCCUGAGCAGGAAGUAGCUUGAGAGGCUUCUCUCUGUUUAUCUUGCACCUGCAGCGCUGGGAAAGGAAAAUAAACCCUUUAUCUGCAAAUAAAUCAGGGGAAUCGGGCCAGGUGGGGACAGAGACACACGCUGUGCUGAUCCUUUUCCCUCUGGGGUUUGUCGUCCUCUAACACCAGCCCCUCCAGUGGGAUGAGCCGUGGAGCAGCCAGGGCCAGGAUGUGGGACCCUGCAGUGGGAUGGGGGCUGGAUGGUGAGCAUGGUACCCCAAAAUCCCCCCAGUGAUGUGGAAUUCUUGCUUUUCCCGCUUUUUGGAGAGAGGGGUGAAUCUGGUGACUCCAGAAUCCCUUCUGAUGCUGUGACCCAAGGAAGAAAAUCCUGUUGAAGGACAGCAAGUCAUAAAAAUUUGGGGGAAAAAAAAUACUAAAAUAAUGCUGCUCUUUCCUAAUCCAGAAGAUUCUGAGGGUGAAAAUUCCUCCUGCAAGACACAGCAAUGCUUACCCACCCGAUCUGUGAUCCAUUGGCAGCUCCACUGUCCAUCCAUCCCUGCCGGUAAAUUCGGGAAGGGACAGGGCUGGGGGGAUGCCCCGAGUGGCCCACCCCGGAGCUGCCGGCUGGAUGCCACCAGGCUGCGUGACAAGAUGCCAGUGCCACCUUGUGGCAGCUGCCUCAGAGUCCCAGUGUCACACACACCCUGGCACCCUUGGGGUGAGAGCAGGGACUUGUAUCCGCGGAACCUCCGGCUCCUGUCUGGCCGUCCUUGUCCCCAUGGCUCCAGCCUGGCUGGUGUCCCCAUGGGAUCCAAGGUCUGGGGCAGCUUGGCAAACAUCCCCAGCAGUGGAUUGUGUUCUGAGGGAUACAGAAACAGGGAUAUGUGAGGGAAGGAUGGGUUUGGGAACCUCCUGAAAUGGGUUUGCUUCAGGAGCCAGGGGAAGGAUUUUGCAGCUAUUUAGAUGCUUAUCCCAGAGCUCAGAGAUUCUUCCUUGGAGCCGAUGGGCUCUGGCCUCACUCCCUGGACUGCAGCCCCUGGAGCAGAUGAUUCCUGGGUCACAUUCAAAAAGCUUUUGUUAACAACAGGGAGAUGCCCUCAGAGCACAGAGAGAAGACCUGGGAGUGUGCCGGUCUUGGCUGAAUCUCUAAAUCCAACUGAGCAAGUUGUAGCUGACUACAUUUGAGGUUUAAGCAAUGUGGCUAGGAAAAAAAAUUAGGCUCCUGGGAGGCCACUUUAUUUAAGGCUUUUGCUGUUGGCACACAGCAGUGGAUCAUGGGCGAGAUAGUGUCUGGUACUUGGCAGAAGGAUAUCAAAAGGUGUGGGAAGCUGGGGCUGACCUUGGCAGAGCGGAUCAAUGGUUGGGUUGUUGGGGCAGCAGGAAUCACAGGAGCCUGUUCCUGGGACUUUGAUGCUUUGAUGCUGGGCAUUUCGAUAAGGAAUGCACCAGGUGAAAUGAUCACGGCUCAGGGUGAGAGAACAAUAGCAGCAGUGAGUGCUGAGCUGCCAGCACGGGCUGCCUCGGGUCCUACUGGUUUGGAACAGGUGGUACAGCCUGAGUGAGCAGUGGGAAGCUGCGUUCCAGGGGAGCUGCUUCUCCAGGAAAGCGGGCAGUCCUCUGGGAGCAGGUGCUGGCCCGGGAAGAGCUGCUUUCCCCUCAGCAGUGCUGAGCCAGGCUCACAUCACCGAUGCUGCUGUGCAGCCUGAGGGACAGCGGGGUCACAAUGGGGAAAGUUGAUUUUGAGAAUCCAAAAAUGUUGGGAAUCUGGGAAUGUUGAAGGGACCCUCUCCUGCCCUCACUUUGGGACCAGAGCAGAGGUUUUCCCCGUGGCUCUGAGCUUAAAAACUGCUUUUAAAGCAUAUUUAAAAUGUUGUGCUCCUGAGGAAGGUAAGGAGUGUGCUGCCAGUGCCAGAGGGGGUGGGAUCAGGCCUUCCCAAAGCUGAUAUCGUGAAGCAUUGAGCCAGGGGCAGUUGCAGAACUUCAAAAGCCAUUUCCUAAUGCCAGCAGUCCCUGUUGCAUCCUUCCCACCUGCCAGCCAGUGCUCUGUGUCCGUGCUCUGCCUGUGCUCCUUCAGGACAAAGCCCUUCUCCUUCUGUGACCCCAGAUCUGCUUGAAACCCAGCAUUCCAGCCCAAAAAGUCACCCGUGUCCCUGCCCUGUGGGGGCAGCUCAGCAGGGAGAUCCUCAAUGCCCGCCUGGAGCUCUCCCCUUCCCAACAAUCCAUGGCUCUGGGAGGGAAGGGAAAGCUGGGAGGUGCUGUGUCACUAUCAGAGAACCGAAGAGGCCUGGGAGAACAAACAGGGCGUUCAGGAGACGUAAAUAAUAAACCAAAAAACUGUGCCCCAGAGCCAGGGCAUGCGCACCACUGAGAAGCUCAGCCACCCACUGCAGGAACACUCUGGGGUCAUCCCACACAACCCUGGCUCUGCAGAAACUGGAGUGGAAAAGCAACCUGGAAUGUCAUGGGAGCUCCAGGCUGUUUGUACACAAUGUGGAAUAAACAGUGAUAUUGCCAUGGAAACGCUGCUCAGACUGGGUUCCUCCCUGGGGCUGAUCCUGUUUGUUGUGCGAGAGGAUUUGGGCUGUGGAACCAGAUCCCUGAGGAUGCUAUAUUCUGAUUCUGAUGUGUACCUUAGCCCUUCCUGUGGGCUGAUCCCCCAGCCUGGGAAGCAGGGGAGGAGGAUUGUGCCCCUCUGCCCCUGAGCUCAGGUGAGACCCCCACCUGCAGAGCAGCCCCAGCCCUGGGGCCAGCAGCACAAGG